GAAAGAGAGUGAGGACUCAAUCGCCAUCUAGAUCGGAUAACAGUGAUUACGGUAACUAAGAUAUAAGAUAUGGAUGCCCGUCGCUUGACUUCGCUUCGCCUCGUAGUCUCGCAUGUGUUGAUGGCGCUGACAGGACCACGGCCGAGGACUGCUGCCGUGUUGCUACUUUGAUACUAAUUACUGAAUAACUGAAUGCUCGACUGGGUUCCGGGACUGAUUUGGACACGAGCAACCGUAUCAAGAGAACAGUACUGCUGGUACCAUACUAUUGAUUAUACUACUACUAUUACUCCUCCGCCUGCUGCCACCAAGACGACAAUCGGGACUGUUGCUCCACCAAACGAGUAUCGUCCUGCAUCACUUCACUCCGUUAUACAUUUACCGUCCGUCCGUCACUGUGCGGGGCUGUCAGACCGUCAGACCGUCAGAUCGUCAGAGACAACAGACACAUCACCACCGAAGCCGUUUACCGUAGUCUUUAUUCGCACCGCCUGUUGCGCCACCACACGGCCCCCGAGAGAGGCCCUAAACACCUACACCUGCACCGUCGGCGUCUCCAGUGUACGAGGCGCCCACCCGAUAACUGCCGUCCGUUGCAGCGUACACACACAGUACAGCAUUUUGUUCGUAUCUCUGUUGCCAAAUCCCUACUGGCCACGCCCUCCAAGGAGAGAGAUCCCACUUCCUCCACCAACGACACUUGGCCGUCUCGUGCCCGUCGUCUGUCAGUCUCCUCUUUCUCUCGUCAUCCAUCGUCCGAAUCCUCUUUACAUCUCUUCCUUUCAUCUCGUCUGCUUCACCACGUUGUUGUCCGAUAAACUUCUGCUCUGCACGCUAUCGCGCCGUUCCGCCUGCUCGACUUGCAUCCCCAGGAGCACGUUCCCCAACUCGACGCGGGACAUGGUCCAAGCUGCGCUUGCAGCUAACCGCGCCACUUCACCGUUAUAUACCCGACAAUUAAUACCUCCUGCUGCUUGCGAAUCGUCUUCAUCGUUCGUUUCUCAUAGAAUACUCCCUUCACCAGCUCACCCCUCUCCGGAGGAGGUGGUGAGCAGUCUUGUGCCUCCGUGACCAUGUUCAUCCCGAAAAGUAUAUCCAAUGGCGCUCCUCCCGAGCCACGCUCGCGACUCACCAAUAAUCCGACACUCCUGUUCAGCUGGUGGUGCACCUGCUUUUCUCUCGUCAUCAUUUUACUGCGUCUCGGUGGUCGUUAUGUGCGCAUUGAACGUCUGUUCCGAGAGGACAAGGUCAUGGCAUUGAGUAUAAUACCUCUUUUGAUCCGGAUGGCGUGUAUACAUGUGGUCUUGAUCAGUGGGACCAACAACGUCAACACGGCCGGCAGGACCGUUACCGAUCACGAGAUUGAUAGCAGGAUGCUGGGCUCGAAGUUGGUACUGGUUGCCAGGAUAUUCUACGCCAUGUUGUACGUCAAACUAACAUUCAUCUGGGGAGCUUGCACU